CGCACGCGAUAUUCACUACGCUGUACCAUAUACUUGAACUCUGCGCAGAGAGACUGUGAAUUUCGAGUUGGACUCUUCACAAUUUCUAGGCGCAUGUGCGUAAGAGAUAGCGCGCUGGGUACCAACAGCGUCAAUCGUUGUACCGUUGAAAGAGUAUCCUUGUCCAUGGUUUAGGUUUCCUGGCGCCUAGCAUACUUCCAUAAAAUGGAGACUCUACAACCCAAUGUCGGAGCUGCGAUAUCGAUCACCUAUUCAGCUGCACUCAUCGCCUUUCUUUCAAGGUUCUUUGCUAGGAAAUGGAAUGGUGUUCCGUUCAUUGCUGGGGACUGGGUCUCCGCAGUUGCAUUUUUCUUUGUUACCGCUUACAACAUUCUAUUCUUGAUCAAACUCAAAUUUGGCCUCGGCCUACGGCGUGAAAAUAUAGCCCUCCGCAAGCACGAUGGCAGUAUCAAUUAUGACAGCAUGGCUCACGAAUACUUCUUUUUCCUGUACCCGGAUAUGUGGCUGUAUACCGCUGCAAUGGGAAUGUCCAAAAUGACGGCACUAGCAUUGCAAUGGCGUCUGUUCGGAAAGUCUGCAACCCGAUACUGGAUCCUGCUAUUGGUCGGUUGUGUUGUGUGGUGGAUGUUUGCACGGUGUGUCGUUAUUUUGGCUGUAUGCACCCCGAUCUCGCACUUCUGGAACCGUCAGGAACCCGGUCAUUGCCGUAUCAACCUGACCCAGUUCUUUUAUAGCACUACAGAUAGUUCACCUCGCUUUAGAAGUGUGUAUCGUAGCGCUACCCUGGUACGAGAUCCGAAGGCUGAAGAGGGCUAGAAGAGAGAAG